UGCGCCCGUGCUGUAAAAGCCAAACAUACUGGGUGCAUGCAAGAAUUUUCUAUUCAGGGAAGGCAAUGAACCUUUGAAAGCAACCUACGCGCCGUGAAUUGUACACACGUGGAAAGCCCGUCGCCAUAACGACCACGCAGUUAGGCCAAUAGACUUUCCCAUUUUCCGGCAAACAACAACCUCCUUUCACCAUUUUACUCUAUGCUUCAGCUAUCAUGACAAAUAAAUUCAAUUCUGACAUCUAAAAAGUGCUCAAGACGUCUGUGAUAUUUUACAAUCAGUUUUUGAAUUCUUUGCAAUCAUAAAAAGUGUUAAGUUUCUACGACAAUGGCCUUCAACUUCGAUAGUGGUCAAUUUAACAGCGAAUCGACACCGAAGCGCUUGGGUAACUGGCAGGUCCCACGAUGGGCGCCAACAAGAGCAAGACCGUUAGAAAUGCGGCCAGAUCCGAAACCCAUAUGCGAUAUCAACGGGCAUUUUUUGCCUGGGGCUCCGAGAGGCACCUCGCGAUGUUUUGGCCAUUAUACUGGCACCUGGGAACUACCAAGGAAAAUAACAAGAAAAGUUGCGGAGGAGUUAGCAAAGGAGCCACCGAAUGGGAGAUUUCCAGACUGGUUGAAUCUUCGCGUUCAAAGGCCGAAGGCUGCAGCAGCAGCGCGCCUGCGCGCCGAGAAACGCGGCAAACUUAAAAAGGAGCCAAGCAAGCUUGAGUUGCACGAAGACGACGACGCACAGACGUUCGAAGAAUCUAAAACUAAAGCUGAUAAAACACGAAAUAAUACUGAAGACAAUAAAGAUCAAGAAAAUAAAGUCACAGACAAAGACGACGAUCCGUUAGAAUUGAAUAUUAAAAAAGAACCAAUACAGUCCGAUGGGCGCGGACCUUACGUUCCUGGUUCACUGACUGAUCCGGACAAGAGGCACGAUAGCCAUGAAGCUCUAGUCAAAGAUGCUGUUGAACAAAUACACGGACCUCAAGAGGAAGAGGUUGACAAAUUUUGGCGGAAAGUAGCUGAAAACGCGAAGAAAAAUGAUCUUGUUGAAGAACAGAAUAAUAUGAGAGACGUUAAAACAAGUGGGACUCCUAAACUGCCCCAUGUUAACGUCGCACAGAACUUUCAGUUUGCGAGGAAAAUGCACGUCGGAAAUCUGGAGCAUCAGCCGUUACCUGAUACUUUAGGAUACCGAAAUUUAACGAAAGUUGCGGAACAUCGUGAUUCUGAUAUCAUUGUUAAACCGUACGCUAUCGGGUGGAAAGGAUACGGCGCAUCUGGCCCUACGUGUUGCACUAAGAUGCGUGUUCAUAGGCCCAAGACAAGCGACCCUAAGAAGCCUGAUGGUGAUAAAGGAGAAAGCCAAAGGCCAUCAACAUCUGCACCGGAUUUAGGAGGACAAUAUGCAAAACAAAUGUCUCUCAUGGAUCUAGCAAUAUGUUGGGAUUUUAGGCCAGAAGACCCCAAAAGGGAACCAAGGCCACCAAAGCAUAUAGACGGCUCCAACGGGUCGAAAGCACCAGCGGUCUUCACUAUGGUGCAUACACCAAAGGAAGAACAUGAAGGUAUAAAUAUUGGUCAUACCAAUCCCAUUUUUAAUCAGAAUCGUGUGGUAGGUGACAUAGGCCAUCACCCGGUGCCAUAUUUUGAGAAGGAUAUGGCAAAAGAAAGACGAAGAGAAUCAUGUGAUGUUCAAUAUUGUCCUCAACAUGCCACUGCUAAUGAAAGAGGCUCCAGAUCGGCGUCAUCUAGCAGGAAGAGUUCAGGUCAGUCAGGAAAGAAGCCAGAAUGUGACGGAAUCCACGGAUGCGGUACUCCGAGUGAAAUGAGUCGUAAGUCUAGUCGGGGCGACACAAGGCCAGAAAAACUGCAACCUAUAAAGGAUGCAUGGAACGCCAAAAAUAAGAAUAAUAACAACGCUGGUUAUGACGUUAAUCGCAAUCGUAAUAGUUUAGAGUCGUACGAGAAGACUCCACUGGCGCAAGGUAAAUUGCAUCACAGCUCGCCAAAUGAGUCACAGCAGUUUUCGCGACGUUCAACGAAAGACAGCGAUCAACUAAAUAUUAAACACAAAAAUUGCGUGUCUUGUAAUGGCGCUAAAUUAUCCCAUGACACGAAACAGAAGGAAGAUUAUAAGUUUGCGUUUAAAGCUGGUAACCCUAACUCAGUACAGAGCGUGACAGGUUCUACUGACUCUAAAGGAGUGAAAAUGCCUAAGAUGCGUCAUCCAUACAGCAAGAAAUCGUAUACAAUUCCGACCUUAGCACCUCCGUUCAGUAUCUGGCGUGACGCGAACGCGACCGGCUACCCCGAACACUGGCGGUUGGCGAGCGUCUAUCAACACGCUUACAAACCACCUGAGCAGAGGCGUAAACCGCUUAUAGACAGCGUUUAUCAGUGAAAGUGAAAAUGCACCUUAUGAUUAACGUUUAUUGGGUCCAAUAACCAAUAACAGAAUGUACAUUAAAUUAUUUUAGUCAGCUGUUUGGAAUUAAAUAUUUAAAACGAUAA